GGAAUACGAACUAAAAGUAAAACCUGGAAAAAACGCCACUGCUGAUCUUGCUGACAAAUAAACCGCUACAAAUGUUAACAACUAUUCAAAUAAAUAAAUAAAUAAUAAUAAUAUAAACAGUAUUACUAAUUGAUUAAUUAAUUAAUUAAUUGAAUAGUGGAAUAAUCCGAGAACUAUUUAUUUUUUUAGUCUAAAUAAAUAAAUAAUAAAAAGAGAAACGUUUUUAAAAGUUAACCAAAAUGUCACAUACUAUAUUGUUAGUACAGCCGGGAAAUCGACCAGAAACACGAACCUACUCUGAUUACGAAAGUGUCAACGAGUGUCUUGAAGGUGUCUGUAAGAUUUACGAAGAACAUUUAAAGAGAAGAAACCCAAAUACACCGACAAUAACCUACGACAUUAGCCAAUUAUUUGAUUUUAUAGAUCAAUUAACGGAUCUGUCGUGUCUGGUUUAUCAAAAAUCAACAAACACCUACGCCCCUUACAAUAAAGACUGGAUAAAAGAAAAAAUUUAUGUCUUAUUACGCCGAGCUGCCGGUCACAGUGAGUGAUAACACUGGAUAUAUUUAUUUAUUUAACUUAAUUUUCAUAAUUACAUCCAUUAAUUAUAUUGAAAUUAAUUAAAUAUUAAAUAAUUAUUAUACAUUAUGAUAUUUCUUUACUGUUUAUUAUAACAAAUAUAAUGUAUAAACGUUCA